AUUAAUAAUAUUACAAAGUAUUUCAACUUUAUUCACUCUGUCCAGAGAUUGGUUUGCAUUAAAAUAUCUUAUUACUCUUUGCAUUACUAAAAGUGGAAGUUUGUAGAUACUGCAUUUCCGGUUUUGCUUCAUCAGAUUGUCUGGAGAGAUUUUGUUGCCAGACUGGCCGCUGGCGUUCUUAAGUCACCUGUUUUUGUGUGUGCCGUUAAUUUGUGAUCUGUACCCAUGUCGGACGUGGUAGCCACUUCUCCAGCUGGAUCUACUGCCAAGCGCGCUGAACUAACUAGGCGACGUAGCAGCUGUAAACGCCAAAUUCCAUGCGUGUCGGUUUGCCAUGAGCGCUACAUGGAGAAUCCCUUUCUGGGUAAAGAGGAAUCGUUCAGCACUGAGCCUCUCAAUUCGCUGGACGAUUACACCGAAGCGGCACUCGGCACCAUGCAGCGAAUUUACCACCAUUAUAGCGAAGUGCCCAUAACGGAACCCUCGCCUGACGUCUACUUAGGAACUGCUGGGAUCGCCUACGCGUGCAACCGCGUGGCUUCUAUGAAAAUUCCGCAGUCCGAACGAGACAUGCUGCUGGGUAUGGGAGCUCGCUUGAUUCAGUCUUCCCAAAAGGCGCAAAACUUCGAACAUCAGGGUUUAUUUUUGGGACCCGUUGGCGUAGCGGUUGUGGCAGCAUUAUUCUACAAAACGCUCGGUGAUGAGAAGCGCGCACAAAGUGCACUGGAAUCGUUUGCGAAGCUGUGCGAGACUGUGGAAGCGGAUAUCGAUCUGGCUGGGGGAAAGAAUAGUGGUGAUGAAGUGUUGUUUGGUCGUACUGGGUAUUUGAUGGGCUUUCUGGAGCUGUGGAAAGUUUUCCCAAACAACAAGAUUCUGGAAGGUGUUGAUGUUAAGAAAAUUAUUUUGGCUGUUCUGGAAUCUGGCAGAAAAUGCAGCAAAUCCCGUGGAUUGACUGACCGGUGUCCUUUAUUCUACUACUGUAUGGGUAUGGAUUUUGUAGGUCCGGCGCAUGGAUUGUCCGGCAUUUACCAUUGCCUUUUAUGCUUUCCCAGUGUGUUAAAAGCUGUUCCCGGUGCUGAAGAGGAUAUUAAAUGCAGCGUUGACUUCGUGUUGCAACAGCAAUUUCCGAGUGGUAAUUUUCCGAUGAAGUAUCGUGAAGACAGGGAUGAACUGAUUCACUGGUGCCACGGAGCUCCGGGCUUGGUAUAUAUGCUAGCCAAAGCCUACUUGGUCUGGAAAGACAAAAAAUAUUUGGAUGCAUGCAUCAGUUGUGGUAAUAUCACGUGGCAGAAAGGACUGCUGCGGAAAGGGCCAGGGAUUUGUCACGGUAUUGCUGGAAAUGGUUAUGCUUUUAUUCUUCUGUAUCAACUUACUGGUCAGGUGGAAUGGCUAUCGAAAGCAGAAUGUUUUGCGGAUUUAGUUCUGCAGCCUAGCACAAAAGAAAAAUGUACCGUGCCAGACCAUCCCUAUUCGUUGUAUGAAGGAAUUGCGGGUACGGCUUGCUAUUUCGCUGAUCUAACCAAUCCUAAUCAUUCCUCAUUUCCAUUUUCGGAAGUGUUUAUCGAUUAUUAACCUGUGAAUUGAGCUGCGGUGCUUAUGGUUAUACUUUGGACAACCGUUUUGAAGUUCAAAACUCGAGAGCUGUUCUUUUGCAUUUUAUUCUGGGUUUCCGGGUUUAACGCUUAAAUCCUUUAUCUUGCUAAAUAAUUUAAUUAUAAUUUUUAUCUGUAGACUACAGAUCGGUCGUUUGCCAAGGCUGUACCUUUCGAAACUGCAAUUUACUAAAGUGCGAGUCGUUUUUGUCGAUAGAAGCAAACUACAAAACAUUUUAAAUCUGGAUGCAUAUGAGUGUUUGGAAUAAUUAGCCGCAGGGUAAUAUCAGCCUUUCGAAGUCGAAAACCUUACAAAAGGUUCGAUU